GGGGGGUGUAAAGGCGGGAGGCUGCGCUGUGCCCACUCUCCUGACAGUCGGGCGCGUUACCUCAGGAACAUGGUGUAGGGAAGCUGGAAGCAGGAUAACCCGAAAUUCAAACCCAAGAGACACCAGGCUGAAGACCAUGGUCUCGAAGCUGACUCAUCUCCAAGUGGAGCUGCUGGAAGCGCUGCUGGAGUCGGGGCUGACCAAGGAGACCUUGAUCAAGGCACUGAGCGAAGCGGAACCCUACGGGCUCCAGAGUGAAAGCCAGCGCGCUAUCAAUGCCCUCCAGAGUGAGAAAGGGGAGCCCUGUCCCGACAUCCCCAACCUCCCCAACGGAAUGGGGGAGCCCCGGGUAUCAGAAGAUGAAACCUCAGAUGACGGAGAGGAAUUUACCCCUCCAAUAAUGAAGGAGCUGGAAAACUUGAGCCCUGAGGAGGCUGCUCACCAGAAGGCUGUGGUGGAAAGACUAUUACAAGAGGAUCCCUGGCGAGUAGCAAAGAUGGUGAAGUCUUACCUCCAGCAGCACAACAUCCCUCAGCGUGAGGUGGUGGACACCACUGGUCUGAACCAAUCCCACCUCUCACAACACCUCAACAAGGGCACUCCCAUGAAGACCCAAAAACGGGCAGCCCUGUACACCUGGUAUGUCCGAAAGCAGCGAGAGGUGGCCCAGCAAUUCACACACGCUGGCCAGGGUAUCCUGACAGAUGAGCCCAUGGGAGAUGACCUGCCCACCAAGAAGGGAAGAAGAAACCGCUUUAAGUGGGGUCCUGCCUCACAACAGAUCCUGUUCCAAGCCUACGAGAGGCAGAAAAACCCCAGCAAAGAAGAGAGGGAGGCACUGGUGGAAGAGUGCAACAGGGCAGAGUGUAUUCAGAGAGGCGUUUCCCCAUCUCAGGCCCAGGGACUGGGCUCAAACCUGGUGACAGAGGUCAGAGUUUACAAUUGGUUUGCCAAUCGCAGGAAGGAGGAGGCGUUCCGGCACAAGCUGGCCAUGGACACCUUCAGCGGCCCACAGCCCACCUCUGCCCCUCCUCUAACUCCCCACAGCUCUUCCUCCCUGCAGCCACCACCUGCUCUCUCACCCAGCAAAGUUCAUGGAGUGAGGUACAACCAGCAGCCAGCCAGUGAGGCAGAGUCCUCCAGCAGCAACCACCACGGGAACAGCUCCAUGGUGACCACCCAAACCAUCCUGCAACAGGUUUCUCCCCCUGGACUGGAGCCCAGCCAGAACCUGCUGAGCACAGACACUAAGCUGGUGUCAGCUCCUGGAGGAACCCUCCCUCCUGUCAGCACCCUGACUGCCCUGCACAGCCUGGAGCAAAGCCCACACACGCUGAGCCAGCAGACACAGAACCUGAUCAUGGCCUCCCUGCCGGGGGUGAUGGCGAUCGGGGCGGGCGAGACGCCGUCCCUGGCACCCGCCUUCACCAACACGGGCGCCUCCACCCUGGUCAUCGGCCUGGCCUCAACCCAGCCCCAGAGUGUUCCUGUAAUAAACAGCAUGGGCAGCAGCCUCACUACCCUGCAGCCCGUUCAGUUCUCCCAGCAACUGCACCCAUCCUACCAGCAGCCCCUCAUGCAGCAAGUGCAGAGCCACAUCAACCAGAGCCCCUUCAUGGCUACCAUGGCUCAGAUACAGAACCCUCACGCUCUUUAUGGCCCCAAAUCUGAAGUGACUCAAUACACACACGCAGGCCUCUUACCACAAACCAUGGUGAUAACAGACACGGCCAAUCUCAGCGCCCUGACCAACCUGACACCAACUAAACAGGCAUUCACACCUGACUCAGAGACUCACACUGAGUCUGGGAUGCACACACCAGUGUCACAGGCACCAACAAUCCAUCUACAGAACCAGGACACAACAAUCCAGCACCUUCAGCCAGGCCCACGCCUCACCUCGAGCCCUGCUGUGUCCUCCAGCAGCCUAGUGCUGUACCAAAGCUCUGACUCCACCAACAGCCACAGCCAGCUGCUGUCAUCCACUCACAACGUCAUUGAGACCUUCAUCUCCACACAGAUGGCAUCUUCCACCCAGUAACCACCACAAGCAGCCCCUGAGUGACUGCCACAACCAACCUGCCAGGUGCAACUCCAGCCGUGCUUGCUUCCACAGCCUCACACAACCCCCUACUCAGCUGCCUCCAGGAGAGAAGAAGUCUCAGGCUCAAGACAGAAAACAUGGAGAGAUGAUGCUGGCACUGCUGAAAUCCACUGCCACCUCCUCCCAUCCCUCCCGAAAAAAAACAAACCACAGCAAACCCAAACCCUAACAGCCAGCUCAGAAUGGCCAGACAUCCUUUUGUGGCUGCCCAAGAAGGAAUCCCAACAGUGCCAGGAUGUGGAUGGGACUUUAUUUCAGCUCAGCUUUCAUCAAGCUGGGUCUGUAUAAACCUGCCAGCACCAGACUAAAUCAUGUGGGAAAGAGGAAGACUGAGCUGCCAAAGAAGGGACACCACCUUUAAACACUCUCCUCCUUUGAUGCAAGGAAGCACCAACAGGAACUAUAAGAAAUAACAGCACCUUGGAAGUUCCUGACUUUGCAAUGAGAAUAACCAAGAAACAGAUUUGGGAAUGGCUUGGCACAAAUCUGUCAGUAUGGGAUCACUGACAAGCUACAAAUCCUUAAUUAACUACCAAAAUACCAAACAUUCUUGGUUAAAAAUGACCUGCUCUAAAAUCAUGCUAUCCUAGUGGAAAUGGCUUGGUUGUUUUUGAUAUAGCUCUGCUUUGUUUUAAAUGCAGAAAUUAAAGUUUAACAGCUGCAAGGAGAAUUCCAGUUCUCUGCAUAAACCUUCUGGAUUCUCAUCUCAUCUGACUUGCUGAAUGAUUUUCAGGAUGGCAUUCCCCACUGGUCCCUGAUGCUGUCCAGCACCUGAGAGGUUCCCAUGCUCCACACAGAGUAGAGGCUCCUCCAGUUUUCUCUGUAAACAUUCAGCCUGGAUUUAUUUUACAGAACAUGGCUCAUCUCAGCUUCCAUUUAGGCUUGAUUUGUAGUUUUUGGUAUACAAAUAACUACCCGGGGUCUGAGUCCUGCUUGCACUAAGUGAAGAGUUUAAGUCCCAAGAAUCUACUUAUGUAAUUCCUCUUCUAAUUAUUCCUCUAUUUACUCUCAACAUCCACAUCACUGAUACAUCAUUAGCCAGACAUGAAAACAGCCCCAGCUAACAAGUUUUUGUCUGUGACUGAAACUGAGCUACUCUUUCAACUGUGAAAUGCAUGAAAAACCUUGAGACUGGAAGGGAGAACUGAAAAAUGCCCAACAGUGAACUCUUCAGUUAUGGUAUCUGGGAAUACCAAAAUUGCAGAUAUCCGUGAAAAGUUUCAUAAGCGUUUUCUCUAGAUACCAUCAACAAUUUCAGUAACAAGAUUCUCCGAGGAAUUUUAUCCUAGAAUUGUUUCCUAAUUUCCCAUGUACACCAGUUGCAAACAUAUCUAAUUUCCAGUUAGCAUAAAAAUAAACUCAAAACAAAACUAAA